AUGGAUAAGCACGACGCAACCCGUUUUACGAGUUCGGUCUCAGAUAAGUGUCCAUCUGAAGAUGAAAUAUCAAUGAUCCUUGAAUUGUUUCGCAAGCAAAUCACCUUUCCCGGAACUUCAAAGAAUAAAGAAAUUCGUCAAGAAGAUUCUUCUGAGCAACCAAUCGAAUCUUUACCAAAUAAUUUUGAUCUCGGUUAUCUUAUAAAUAAACGAGUCAGCUCAUUUGCUAUUCCAUCGUUUUCAACUACUUCUUUAACAAUUGUUUGGAUCGUGAACCUCCUUGUCUGUUUGCUAUGUUUUGUCUUGGCCGAAAUUUAUCAGGGGCACCUGGAUAUGUUCCCGCUGAUUUUACUUGUUGUCUUGGGCUGCCAUAUUAUCACGCUGAAUAACUUCUUCUCGUACAUGCUAGGUCGCCAUCGGUACGGUGCUCACCGCUAUCGACUUUACCAACCUUUCCAGGGCGGUCACCGGUUUGUAAUCAUGCAGUUUUUCGGUAUCUCCUGUGUAUUAUUUUCCCUGGCGGUUGCAUUUUUGCACACCCUCUUCCUCUUGUCAUCCUCCUCGCACAAAGAGGCUCAGCAUGGGCUCUAUACAACAGUAAUUGUCUUUGGUGUUGCUGGUAACAUCCUUCUUCACCUUUCGCUUUAUUAUUUUCAGCCUCAUGAGGGUGAGAGGGCGUUGAUGCAUGCGGACGGCAAUCAGGAGUCUCCCACGUCCAAUAACGGGACUUUCUUCAACCCGACAAGCUUUUUAGAGUUGCUAUAUAUCAGCCCUAACUGUGAGUCGGCGUUGGUGGUGAUCUUUGCGAUUGCACAGUGUUUUGUGAGUGCGCUGGUUGUGAUGCUUCCCGAGAUUGCUACCAUCGUUAGUGUUUGUUUCCUUGUGCUGCAGCUACUUAGCGGCGCAACCGUCCAUUUCUUCAUUGGCCGUGCAUACAAGCCGGGCUAUUGCUUGGGAACCCUUCGGCUUCGACGCAGUGCAGAUACCAUUGGUUUCUGGAUUGCUCGUGCACUUUAUAUUGCCUCAGUGGCUAUGAAUGCACUUUUCCUGAAGAGUUCAUCAAUAUUACAUGCAACACCCUUUGUUUUGGUGUGUAUAGCCACUUUUAACGGGUUUAGCAACGUUAUUUUUCUGUUCAUCGUUCGCUCUACCUCUUUUAGCUCUAUUGAGGUCAAACCAUCUAACGGCAUUUUUCGAUUCUUUGGAGCUGUACUGAACGUCGUAACAUAUCUGUUAGGAGCUGUUUAUAUCGUACUAACCUUGUACAUAACGCUUCAUGAGGAUGAGAUGAACUGCUCGGAUGCUGGGCGAAGCGCGAGGGAUAUUUUGUAUUUCUGCUUGCAGUUGAUCCUUGUCUUCUCACUUUUUUUGGCCCCAAUCACUCAAGUUGCCGGAUGCGCGAUUCAUGGUGCGAACUUCACUAUUCAUCACAGCUCUCAAGGUCGACCGGCGUUUCUAUUCAUUCAGUGCGGGGCUUGGCUGCUCUACCUUUCAGAACUCUUGGCUACAGCAUUGUUUCUUUUCACGGGCACUCAUUCCUUUGGUCUUAUUGCGAGCCUCAGCUCUGCGUUUAGCGUCACCUGCAUUACUUUUUCGGAGCGUAUAUACAAUGCAAGGCCGGACCGAUUGUGCGAGCUUGAGGGUGGCGUCUCAGCAGCCAACCUCAGUGAUAUGGGCGAAGAUGGCAGUGAUGUUCAAGAUUUUCACCUUGAUAACGCUUCUAAGCAACAGCGACCAGAAUCAAGAUCUGCAUUUGACAAGCGGCGCUCUCUGCUUCUUGAUGGUGGGAGUUAUAGUGAGGAUGAGGUGUCUGGAAACCUCCAACUCGGCUCCCUUUUAAAUGCUGAAAUGAUUUGCGCGUAUGUAUGCGCCUUUGCAUCCUUCACGCUAUGCCUUGUUCUGGAUCUUUCAGAACACUAUAAGUGGUUUGAUGCGGAUAUUCCACGUUCAAAGUUGCUUCUUCUAGGGUGCCUCUUUUACGGUGCCAGCGUACCGCUUGCUGACUUCUCGUCACGGAGCAAGGGUAUUCACGUGUUUUAUCUGUUUUCUAGUAGCCCCACGUUUGUUGUACUGCAUGCGUUGAGCUGGACAGUACACGUUCUUGGUAUUGUGGUAAAUCUCUUUAUAUUCGCCCAUUAUCAAGAGAAGGAUCAUGCAGCUGCAUUAAAAACACACACAAUUCGAGGGCUGUUGCAGUUCAUUCCUCUUAUACUUAUCACCAUUUACAUUGCUAUGGAAUACAAAAAUGAUCUUCAGAAUCGGCAGCGCCGCUGGCUCGGUGUUCAGGCCUUGGACACGUUGAAUCAGAUCCUUAGCAAGAUGGUAGAGAGGUCAGAAAAAAAAGAAGAUAAAGAUGCCUUACAAAUAAUGUUUUCAGCAGUUGCAGAGCCAGUUUUGCAAACCUUUGGCGUGCUGGACUCGUCCGAAAUGCUUUACCUUCGCUUGCCUAUACAAGCGAGUUCUUCUAGUGAACAAGGUACCCCUGAGGGACAUGAGGCAUCUCACCAGCCCCGCUCUGUUAGCCUGAAAGGCAGCAUUGCUCCGUCCUCUUCUGUUUCCUCAGCCAACCAUGUCGCCUUUAGGAAAGAAGCAGUCAACACGCGUGCUAUGCUCAACGCAUACGAGCGUCGCCGCCUGCACCAAGACAUGGGUAUCAUUGUCAUGCUUCUCUUCCUCGCCACCGCGUCGCUUUUCAUGAUUGGCUCGAUUCCCAGCUCCCACGACGUCUUUCGGGUAGGCUGCGCGGUGUUCGGCUUAAUUGUCUGCACCGGAUCGUGUUUGGGGAUUCACGUAGGCUACGGUGCACUCCUCCAUCGGAACGACCCCAAUUACGCCGUUUUCAUGCCCUUCCGAGGCGGCGCCGCUUUUGCUUCGUACCAAUGCGUCGGCUGGAUUGCCUAUGUCUUAGUCGUCCUGCUGACGUUGGUCGCUAAUGAGGUGCCUGGGGCGCUGGGGAGGGGUGGGAUGACGCUGGCCGCGGUGCUUUCGGGGGUUGCUCAAGUUUCCUUGUUCAAAUCCAUUCCAAAGUACACGCCCACGGCAACCAAACACUUUUUGGAACGAAAUGGCGAGGCAGCAGUUGCGGUUCUGGUCUUUUGUUUCACAUUUGCUUUAAACCGCCUCCACAUGUUUUUUCACUCGUAUCUGGUGGAUGGGUCGCACGGUCCAAUGAGCUAUGAGUUCCCCACUAGGUUUUUAUUGUAUCUAACCACCAUCGGCGUUUUACUCGCUGCGCCACUGAUUUUGCUCGCGAUGGGCCGUACCACACAGCAGUGGCGUCGCGUCCGGCAUCAGAUGAACCGUCAACCUUCGAGGGAAGCAAACGAUCCCGCGAAUGAGCAAGGCGUCGAUGCUGACUUCGACGCGCAGGACGACCUCAAGAGGAUGUGGAUUACUAUCGUUACGAAUACUCUUGAGAUUGGGACGAUCAUCCUGACUAUGACCGCGCCGUUUCUCACGCUUUUCUUCUUACAUUACGUAUUUUCUAACCAUACUUCCCCGCUACUCGAUGCGGUGAGUUAUUACUUGCCCUUCAUGCUUUGGGUGGCGGUCGGUACCCUGUUUAUUUCGGCGGUGCCCUACAUGGCAGAUGUAGGCAUCCCGCGAAUGUUUCUGGGGAUGCGCCCCGCUCUCUCCACGUACUUAGUCUACGGUCUGCCAUUAUUCAUCGUCGUUGUUUUCCUCAUACCGGCGGUGCUUGCUCCUCGCCUAAGUACGGCCGUUAAUCUGUUUGUUGUCCAUGCUUUCGCUGUUGGGGGUACCUAUAAACGGGUUCGUUGGGCAAUCCGUGUUCUUCUCUAUGCAAUUAUUGGGUAUUUAACCUAUAAAGAGAUCGUUCGCUGCCUUGAUGAGUUUAAAGAGCCACGUUUUGAUAUCUGGUGUUUGGUCAUGUCUAGGUUUCGGGUAUACGUAUUUGAUCUAUUGAUCAUGGUUUUAUGGAUCCUGUAUAUUCCUUCAUAUCAGGGAAAGCCAUAUCAUACGGGAUCACGUCGCAGUCCACGGUUCAUUAAAUUUAUGAAACAUCAUGUUUUUUCCGAAGUCUCCAAGUAUUUUAGCUUUCGUCUGAUCUUGGACUCUCCAAAAGUUAAUCUGCGCGACAGUUCCAACAAUUAUUUGUUCUCGUUCCACCCCCAUGGUGUGGUCCCAGGAACCGCACUUUUUGCCCCUUUCACCGACAUGUGGCAAGAAAAGGUGGGAUCGAACUCGAAAACCUGCGUCGUUGCACACGCCGCGAGUGUGGUUUUCAACGUACCGUUUAUUCGUGAUUUCAACAUGUCCUUGAACGCGUUAUCGGUCAGUCGGCAUACCAUUGAAGCGAGCUUGGACCGUGGCAACAGCGCGAUCAUCGUUACAGGAGGUCAAUCCGAGAUGCUCCGAAGCGUUAGUACCGAUAAAUUCCUUGAACUGAUUACCUACCACAUUGGUUUUGUGCGCCUGGCCCUCCGAAAACGCGUGCCGCUCGUGCCACUAUUGAGUUUUGGCGAAAACAACAUUAUGAGUAUUCUCCAAUUUCCAUGGCUCCAGCAACUAACACUGAAGCUCCUUGGUUAUCCCUUCCCAAUGAUUUUGUAUGGUCGUUUUCUGUUGCCCCUACCGCGCAGAACCCCCUUGACCCUUGUUGUCGGCUCACCUGUGGAUAUUCCAGUUGACGCUGAUCCAGAGAAUGAAGAGCACGUCAAAAAACUAGCCGAGACAUACUUUCAAGAAGUUGAACGGCUCUUUUAUCGUCAUCGAGUAGAGGCAGGCUAUCCAAAAAUGGAGUUGCAUCUGAUCAAACGAAAAUAA